AGUCGAUGGAUACACAACUCAAGGCCACUAGGGAAGAAAUCGACAAUGUUCAGCUACUUUUGAUUGCGAUUGAACGUCAAACGGGAAAUCACGAAGUGGAUCGAUUAAUUCAGGAUGCAAAUAGUAGUCUUAUGAAAACUGAAACACACAUGUUUCGACUGGAAUCACAACUGGGCAGAGAACCGGCUCCAGUUAGACAGAAAGCUUCGUUCAAAAUGGAUCAAUUGAAAAGUGAUGUGUGUCUUAUCAAAAAUUCAUUGAGAACAAUGACAAAUCGUCACACUAAUCGAAAGAAGCAAGCAGAAGAAAAGAAAGCACUUCUGAAACAGAGGUUUACAACAAAUCAAGAAACGCGUGUGAAUCUGGAAUUUGACGAAGAGCUCAACUUGAAUGAUAAACUGAAAUACUCGGAUAAUAUGAUCGAUCAAAUGCUAGCCCAAGGUGCAAGCGUCUUUGAGGAUCUUCAAAAACAGAAGUACAACUUGCUGAGCAUUCGAAAACGAUUCCAUUUUCUGACCAAAUCCCUGGGAAUAUCUGAUACCACAAUUCGACUCAUCGAAAAGCGUGUGCGAGAAGACAAGAAACUCUUUAUGAUCGGUGUAAUUUGUUGCCUGAUAUUCAUGUUCUGCUUCUAUUAUUGGUGGCAAUACUGUUAAACAAUGUAAAUAAAUUAAAUGGAAUUUU